AUGACAAAGCAUUCACUCGCAUUCAUUCAUCUACCUCAACUCAUUCACGCGGUGCUACCUACCCUUGCGAGACAUUCCAUGGACGGCCCGGCCCACGGCGGGAUUCAAAGCCGACGCCAAGCCCUUUUGGACAUCGAGCAAGCGUACGAAGACUUCCUCGAUUUGGUACAGGAAGAACAUAGAACUGUCUUCGUUACCACAAGCCUCGAACAUGUCCGGCAUGCCACGAAAGCAGUUGAGACAAAGCUGCGUGAGGCAAGAAAGGCUCGAAGUUUAUGGCGGCUUCGACCACUGUUCGAAGCCCUGGAUGCAUACAGCCAUGCAGCUAAAGGGCUUUGCGAUGGCACAAGCUACCUGAACUGGAUAUGGGCCCCGAUCAAGUUUUGCCUAGUUAUCGCCAGCGAUGACAUCGACGCCUUCGAGAGCUUGGUCAAAGAGUAUGGAGAGAUCGCUAAACUGUUGCCAUACUUCAACCCCGAAAGCUGCGAUGAUGAUGAAUCCAAUUCUCGUCCUGCAGGGGUCUACAUGGAUAUGCUUGAGCUGCAUCUUGGAACUUAUCAAAUCUUCGUCCGGAAUCGGUGGCAAAUCUUCUUUCGCAGUUCUUGGAGGCUCUUCGAGAUACGACUUGGUGCCAUUAAGAAGAGCCUAGGGAAGUUGCAGUCAACACAACGUGCGCAAGAGAGAGCCGCGGCACCUAUGGCGCAAGUCACAUUCAAUCAAGAGGCUCCCAGUACAUUUGAACACAUUACCGCGAGCGGCGAGGCAAGACAGAUGAACGGACACAUAUUCAAUAAUACCACAAACACGUUUGUGCAUGGCCAGAGUGGCACGGAGUCACGAAGUCAACUGUACGAAGAUGCCGCUAUUGAACAGAGGGAGCGCUCUGAGACCUUUUCAAAGGCGGCCUUGGCAUGGUUUGGGGCUCAAAACGAUGCGCAGGAAGACGAUCACGAUCAACUGAUCCAAAAUCGGCAUGGAUCGACGUGCGAAUGGCUCCAUGGCCAUGGAAAGGUAGCUCCGUGGAUCAGGAAAGGCCCACAAAGGGCAAAGCUGUGGAUACACGGCAAACCAGGCGCAGGGAAGAGUACUCUCAGCGCAUCUCUUGUGGAACACCUACGAGCACAGCGCGACUGUUCGGUAGCACAGUAUCGUUUCAGCUUUCGCAACGGAUCCCACAACGACUCCAACUCCUUCAUUCGAAGUAUUGCGGCUCAGCUACUGACCCAAAAUCCGGACCUAUCAUCAUAUGUGUAUGAGGAAUACGUCUUGAAGUUUCGGGAGGCAUCGCAUGCCUCUCUCAAGCAAUGCGUAGUGAUGAUGAUGUCGGGCAUUGGCGAUACUCGUAUCGUUAUCGACGGUUUGGAUGAGAUCGAUCAAGGAGAACAGAAAUCGAUCCUCGUUCUAGCUUAUACGAUACGGGAGGGCGUAAAAAUGGGGAGCACUUGCAAACUCUGCAUCUUCAGCCGCGAUGUCGCCACAAUCAGAAAACUUGUGGAAAAAUAUGGAUGCCGCGAUCACCUUUCUCUGAGCAACGAACCUGCGAUUAUCAACCACUCGAUCCGGUCGAUGGUUCAACACGAAUUAAGCCUUAUUCGAGAAGGACAGGAGUUGUGGCAGGCUCGCGAACAGACGUUCAAGGACUUGGAGGAACAAAUCGUUGUCAAAGCCGACGGCAUGUUCUUGUGGGCCCGCCUCGUUCUUGCGAAUCUAGAAGAGGUGCACAGUGCGGAAGAGUUACAAAGGGCCGUCAAGCAGUUUCCAAAGGAUCUCAACGAGGCGUACCGCCGGACUCUGGACCGUGUCGUUGAACACCUUUCCCCGCACAAACUCGAACAAGCUAAGUGUGUGCUCUCGUGGGUAGCAUUCGCGGAGAGACCUAUGCGGAUGCACGAGAUCCUUGACGCCGUCUCGUACGGGACACCGCCGUUUGAACUCACGGGGCAUACCAAACUCACUGCAGACUUGCUGAAUCUUACGAAGCCGCUGAUAGAAGUAUCGUCGAGUCGAACGGUUUCAUUCGUUCACUCAACCGUCAAAGAGUUCCUUUCCAAACAAGAAAGCGGCCCAUUGCUUCUGAAGUGCCAAUCCCUCAAGGUCAUACUUGAUGCGUGUGGCCACAGUCUUCGGGAUAGCUUGAACAUGGUCGACCCGCAGGUCUCCGGAACAAAGCGCAUAAAUGGCGUGCUCGAAGGCCUCUAUGGUCUGAGCAACUACGCCGAAAGUUACUGGACCACUCACCUACAACAGUAUCUCGAGCAUAGAACAUCAAGCUCUGGCUGUAUCGGCGAUCCAAAUCAAUCUUCGCCUAUUCACAUCGUCACGGACAGCCAUUUGCGUACGAUCUUCACGCAGCUCGGGACCAGACAUAACUCGCUUGGUCCACAGUCUGUCCCGUCACAACAGAGACUUCCAGCAGCGUUUGAGAGUACACAUGAGGUCUGCGCUAGUCCCGAAUUCCUGACAUUGUUGAGGCAGAGCAUCGACACAUCCAUUGUCGGUCUGACUACCACCGUCGAUCGAACCCCUUUGAUACUGGCCAGGCUCGAGAUCUCCCACAUUGUCGAAACUCUGUUACAGCCGGACGUGCUGAUGAGGAACCCACACAUCAACGCGGCAGAUCUGGAUUACUUCCGCUCCCAAUACGCCGAAGUAUCAUUUCUAUGCCAUGUGACUGGAUGUCCAUAUCGGUCGACAGGUUWUGCUACCAGCGAACUCAGGGAUAAACAUGUCCUCAGGCACGCUCCGAAGUUUCUUUGUCCGGAGACAGGUUGCGAAUCCGCACCACCAGCGGGAUUCAUUUCUAGAGGGCUUCUCAACAGGCAUUACAAACGAUACCAUGAGACAUCAGUGGCGAGGUUGCCAACUUUUAGACCGACCAAAGGUGCGGCUCGCGAUUACAACUCCACCAAUACAAGCUCCCCCGACCCUGAUUGGGAGAAGUUUAAGCCGAUGAUGGAACAAGCGUCAGACGAACCUUGGUCAGACAUAUCCUCAAGCCAGCAACAACAACAACAAAACCAAAUGCAGGGCGGCGGACAGGUCCAGUUGCCGGCACAUUUGUUGCAGCAGCAGAUGCAGCUGCAACGGCAGCAGCAGCAAGGACAGUCUAGCGAGUGGGCGAAUACGGGAUGGCCUGGCCGCCNGCCGGCACAUUUGUUGCAGCAGCAGAUGCAGCUGCAACGGCAGCAGCAGCAAGGACAGUCUAGCGAGUGGGCGAAUACGGGAUGGCCUGGCCGCCCCGGCCCUGAGUGGGAGAAGUUUGAGUCGAUGAUGGAACAAGCGUCAGGCGAACCUUUCUUAGACAUAUCCUCAAGCCAGCAACAACAACAACAAAACCAAAUGCAGGGCGGCGGACAGGUCCAGUGGCCGGCACAUUUGUUGCAGCNACCUUUCUUAGACAUAUCCUCAAGCCAGCAACAACAACAACAAAACCAAAUGCAGGGCGGCGGACAGGUCCAGUGGCCGGCACAUUUGUUGCAGCUGCAUCUGCAGCUGCAACGGCAGCAUAGCGAGCGGGCGGAUAUGAGAGGAUAUCGCUCACAUAAGGACCUACCGUUGAAACAAUCAUCGAAAAUACCCUUGUUGCGCCUGACAGGGCCUCACAGGAAUAGGACGCUGAACUCGCUGAACACGCUGAACAAGCUGAAUUCGAGUAACGAUCACAUCUUCAAUGAUGGACUUGCUUUACCGCAAUUCAGGCUGAACGAUACACAUUCUGGUCACCCCAGUCCCAACCAAAGUACAGAACAGCCGCCACAAUUUGCGCCGCAGACUCAAGAUUGGCUUUCACCCUUUACUGAGGACGAAAGAUUUGCUAUCAACGCAUAUAACAACAACCACGACCAGCCAAGCGAUCUCGCCAUUUUCCCCGAGACGGACCAGGUACUAUUUCCUCCGUUCAAUCCACAGGGUUCGAACCUAGGUGCGGCUCAAAUGGGCCCACCAGAAACCAUCAUCGACUAUGAGUACGCGCCACCUACGAAGCCAGGAGAUGAUGGUCGGAUCCAAUAUUUUCCUACGGAGGACAAGUUUGGAACCAACCCUAAUCGGAAUAUGCUCAAAAACAACCAGCCGGGAAGCGAUUUUGCUUUAUACCCUCUGACGGACCAGAAGUCUUCCCAUGGAUAUAAUUUCCUUGAUUCGAACAUGAUUCAGCAUCAAAUGAGCCCACCGGGAAUCACCACCCGCUACGCACCGCGUCCGAAGCGCAAGAUGGACUACAAACGCCCUCCCAUGCCCGUCAUACGGGGUGCGAGCCCACGUGCGUAUAAAGUCCAGGAUAACAGCACCAGAAUACAGCCGUCUGCAAGUAGUCAGUACACCCAAGGUACACCCGUUACCUCCCAGGAUCUCCAUGCCAUGGAUGCCGCGUCUUGGACGCAUUCUGCUAAUGGAUCUGUAGACCAGGGUCUGUCGCCUGUUCUGAGCUAUGAGAGCCGCACCCUGAACUCCUUCUCCGAGCCAGAUGUUAACUAUCUGCCACCCGGCUUGGACCUCUCUUUUAUUGGUGAGAAUAGCUAG